AUGGGGAUGACGGCUUCUGAGAAGGUUGACAAUAUGGAAGAAAUAGCGUUGUAUGCUUUGCAUGUUGAUGAUGAUCCUUCGCUCAAUCCGUGGACUUUUCGAACUUGGUUGUAUGUUUAUUCCCUUUUAACUUUUCACUGCCUCGGACUAUCAUGUUUCUCUUCCGUACUAGCCACCAUCUACCAGUUCAAGCCCCAAGGAAUCGUCCUAUCCGCAACCUUCCUCUGCGUCAUCAGCUAUGUGCUAGCUAUGGUCAUGGACUACAUUCCAAAGAAAGGAUUCAUUGGCAGGUGGUUCAAUCCCCAUCCAUUUAACCACAAAGAACAUGCCGCCAUUCUCAUCAUGUCAUCGACCGCCGCUCACUCAGCUAUGGCUGCCGAAGUCAUUGCAGUCCAGCGUCUCUGGUAUACCAAGAUUCCAAAUGCGGCAGUGUGCAUCUUCUUGAUUUUCUCGUCUCAGGUCUUGGGAUAUGGAAUUGCUGGCUUGAUGAGGAAGAUCAUUGUGUAUCCAACCAAGUUCUUCUACCCCGCCAAUCUACCAAUCAUGUCUCUUCUUGAAACUCUGCAUCGAAAGAAGAAGGGAGAAACAAAACCCCAGCUCAAGAUUUUCUACUGGGCUUUCGCGCUUAUAUUCGUGUGGGAAGUGGUGCCUGAAUAUAUGAUGCCCAUACUUACUGGAGUCAAUAUUUUCUGCUUGGCAAAGAGGAACAGCAUGGUCUUCACGAACAUCUUUGGUGGCGCGAAUGGUAACGAGGGACUUGGGUUCUUGUCCCUCUGCUUCGAUUUCCAGUAUAUUGGAAGCAGUGCAUUAUAUCUCCCUUUGAAGACUCAAUUCAACACUCUUAUCGGAUAUAUACUUAACUUGGCGGUCUUCCUGGGUAUCUUCUACGGGAACAUUUGGCGAGCUAGAGACUUCCCAUUCCUCUCGCAGCUCCUUUUCUCCCCUGCGUCAAACUCCAGCGGCUAUAUCACCUUCAACCAAACCGCUGUUUUGGAUGCCAAUGGGAGACUGGACGAGGGGUUACUCACAGCCGAGGGCGGAGCACCCUACAUGGCAGCAACAUUCGCUGCCUACGUCCUGACACAGAACAUGGCCAUCACAGCCACUUUCACGCACCUGAUCCUCUACAACUGGGACGAUCUCCACAGCGCAUUCUCAUUCAUGUCCUUCGGCAGCCUGAAAAACAUCGCCAAGCCUUCCUUUUGGAUGUUCUGGAAAGCGACCGAGCCGACGGAAGAAGACAUCAGCGAGAUGGACCCACAUUACAGACUCAUGCUAAGGUACAAAGAUGCUCCCGACUGGUGGUACGGAUUGGUGUUCCUUGUAUCCGGUAUUGUGGGCUUGAUUUGUAUCUAUGAAGCGGAUUCCGGCAUGUCUUGGUGGGCGUUCAUUAUUGCUAUCUUCCUGGCUUCUAUCUUGAUUCUUUUCACGGGUGCCCAAGCUGGUCUUACUGGAUUUAGCUUGCCUGUUCAGCCAAUUAUCCAGAUGAUCGGAGCUUAUCUUGAGCCUGGCAAUCCAUUGACAAAUAUGUAUUUCACGCUCUUCGGCUACAACACGGUCGGUCAAGGAUUGCUGCUCUUGCGAGAUCUGAAGCUGGGCCAAUACGCUAAGUUGAGCCCUCGAUGCACAUUUACCAUGCAGAUGGUAGGAACAUUAGUUGGGUCGGUCCUGAACUACAUCAUCACACUCACCAUCACGCAAAACCAAAGAGAAAUCCUGCUCUCUAUAGAAGGCACCCAUAUCUGGUCCGGCGCCGGUCUGCAAUCCUUCAACACCCAAGCAAUAACCUGGGGUGGCCUCGCAAAGCAAAUGUACUCCUGGGGCAGCACAUAUCAAUGGGUUCCCCUCGGCCUCGUAAUCGGCUUCUUCGCGCCCCUCCCCGCCUACUUCCUGCACCGCCUCUUCCCCAAACUCGGCCUCAACCACCUGAACAUGUCGAUCAUCUGCUGGCACAUCGGAUGGCUGGUAACUGGCAUCAACUCCGCCAUCAUUUCCUUCUUCCUCGUCGCUUUCUGGAGCCAGCAUUAUCUGAGAAGAUAUAAGCCGGAAUGGUUUCUGAAGUUUAAUUAUGUGCUUUGUGCAGGUCUGGAUGGUGGCACCCAGGUCGUGGUUUUUAUUAUGACGUUUGUUUUCUUUGGCGCGAGUGGGAAGGCGAUUCCAUUUCCAGAUUAUUGGGGGAAUAAUGUGGAGGGAAAUAUUGAUUAUUGUAUGGUGGAUCCGGCGAAUGGAUAG